AUUACAAUGUUUUUGGGGACGUUGCCGCACUGCGAUGCAUGACUCGCACAGUGUCGACGCACAAUUGCUGGAAAAAGUGCGUAAACGCACAUACACACAGCAUCGGACGGAACUCGAAAAUUAGGUCGUCGUUUCGGCAGCGGGUAAUUCAGCGGACAAGGGGCCCAAGAGGUGCCGUCAAAAGCGGAGACAAGCAUUAACGCACACACAGUCGUAUUAGUUUCAACAGCACGUUCAAAGUGAAGGUCAACGUCACAACGGCGACGGCGACGGCAACGGCAACGAACGCAACUGGAAACAGACACAAAACAACCUUAACGUCAACAUCAAACUGAGCUGCCGAAGUUGCUUUUGACCCAAUCGCAAUGUCGCUUUACGCCGUCUUCCCCGCUUCCGGCCCAGGCCCCGGCCCCGGUCCCGGCCAGCGGCUGGCGCUGACAUUCAUACUGGGGCUGCUGAUCCUGGUGGCCUGUGUCCUGAGCACAGAAACCUCCAUGCCCACGCAGAACAUGUCCCACAAGGAGAGGGCUGAAUUGAGGGAAGAGGCCCGGGAUAUGUUCUACCAUGCUUAUCGUGCCUACAUGGAGAACGCCUAUCCGGCCGACGAACUAAUGCCACUGUCCUGUAAAGGACGUUAUCGUGGUGUGACGCCAUCACGAGGCGACAUGGACGACAUUCUCGGAAACUUCUCUAUGACCCUGGUGGAUUCUUUGGACACGCUUGUCCUUCUAGGCGACUUCGAGGAGUUCGAACAUGCCGUAAAGCUGGUCAUUCGCGAUGUUCAGUUCGACAGCGACAUCAUCGUGUCGGUUUUCGAGACGAACAUCCGGAUGGUCGGCGGCCUGUUGUCUGCCCACAUUCUGGCCGAGUACUUGCAGAAGCAGGCCGACACCAUGCACUGGUACAAGGGCGAACUCUUGGAAAUGUCCCGCGAGCUGGGCUAUCGCCUCCUUCCUGCGUUCAACACCUCCACGGGAAUACCGCACGCCCGAGUCAACCUACGGCUUGGUAUGAAGGACCCGCAGCUGAAGAAGUCCCGAGAGACGUGCACUGCGUGUGCGGGUACCAUUCUUUUGGAAUUCGCCGCCCUGUCCCGCCUCACCGGCGAUCCAAUUUUUGAGGUGCGUGCUCAUGCAGCCAUGGAUGCGUUGUGGAAACUGCGACACCGCGGCUCCGACCUGAUGGGCACCGUGCUCAAUGUCCAUUCCGGCGACUGGGUGCGCCGCGACUCUGGAGUCGGAGCGGGAAUCGAUAGCUACUACGAGUACCUCUUCAAGUCGUAUGUUCUGCUUGGCGACGACAAGUACCUAGCCCGAUUCAACCGCCACUAUAACGCCGUGAUGAAGUACGUCAGCGAGGGACCCAUGUUGCUGGACGUCCUCAUGCACCGCCCACAUGCCAAGUCCAAGAACUUCAUGGACUCGCUCUUGGCAUUCUGGCCAGGCUUGCAAGUCCUCUCCGGCGACCUGAAGCCCGCCGUCCAGACGCACGAGAUGUUGUAUCAAGUUAUGCAGAUGCACACGUUUAUUCCAGAGGCCUUUACCGUAGACUUCCAAAUCCAUUGGGGCCAGCAUCCACUGCGUCCCGAGUUCAUCGAGUCCACGUACUUCCUGUACCGGGCCACCGGAGACCAUCAUUAUCUGCAGGUCGGCAAGCGUGCCCUCAAGACCCUCCAGCAGUAUGCGAAGGUCUCUUGUGGCUAUGCGGCCGUCAAUGAUGUUCGCACCGGAAAGCACGAGGAUCGGAUGGAUUCUUUUGUCCUUUCCGAGACAAUCAAGUACCUGUUUCUGCUCUUCUCUGAUCCCCACGAUUUGAUAAUCAACAUUGACGAGUUUGUCUUCACAACCGAGGCGCACUUGUUGCCCCUCUCGAUCGCCCAGUUGGGGAAUGCAACCUUUAGCUUUCGCCAAACAGAAGAGCACAACGUACUCGACUUCAUGCGCACCUGCCCCAGUUCCAAUAAGCUUUUUCCUGAAAAAGUACGCAAACCAUUGCGCAACUUCAUUACGGGCUCGUGCCCGCGUACCAGCGGCGGAAAGCGACUUAGUGCCCUGGACUUUCAGGCAAGCAAUGCGGAUCAUCUGCGAGCUGUUUACGACAUGGGCAUCACCAUGGUUUCAGUAGGCGACCGCAGCCAAGGCAAGGUGCGACUGUUUCAUAGUUUCUAUAAUGCCAAGAGCCAUGAGGAAGGCGAAAUGGGAUUGCAGUUCAUGCAGGAGAUGCUUGAACUAACCAAGAUGCAGAGCAUGAACCAGCUGGCGGCAUUACAGGCUGUGGCUUUCACUACGGAUGAUAAGGGCCAGGACUGGGCCGCCCUGAUGGCCGGACCAUCGCACUUUAGCCCGGAGCUAAUUGGCGAUCAGUUUGUGGAGGGCGACGUGGUAUUGGCCAAUCCGCUGCGCGCCUGUGACGACAGGCUGGACAACGCAGCGGAGGCGAAGGGCAAGGUGCUGAUCGCCGAACGUGGCGAUUGCACUUUCGUGAGCAAAGCGCGUCUAGCCCAGAAGUCGGGGGCAGCGGCGGUAAUUGUCUGUGAUAACGUCCCGGGAUCUUCCGGCGAGACACAGCCCAUGUUUGCUAUGUCCGGUGACGGGAAUGACGAUGUCAACAUUCCAGUCGUGUUUAUGUACAGUGUAGAGUUUGGAAAACUAUCGGCAAUAAUGAAGAGGAGAAAGAGCCCGCUCCGCGUUCGCGUCAUGCAGAUGGUGGAGUUCAAGCGCUGGCAGCUGGCCAAGGAGCAGCGAAUGAAUGAGACGGCAACGGCGACGGGGACGUCAAGCCAAAAGCCGGAGAAGGAGUUGUAGUGCUAGCUGCUACCAUCCCGCCCCCCAGCUUCAGUGCUAACCCACGGGUCUCCAUUACUCUCAAGUAGUGUCCGCCAAAGUAGAUAUAUUUUUUCAGGAUUCAUUAUUUGUAAAUGAUAGAAGAGAAACUAAAUUUGAAAUUCUUGUACUUUACUAGA